AUGGUGAUGAAGGAUCUUCUGAAAAAGCUGGUGACAGAAGUGAUUGUUCCAUGGUAUCGUCCUGAGCUUCCAAGAAAGCUAUGUCAUACUCCUACUACUGGAAUCUUGCUGCAUGGGCCACCCGGUUGUGGCAAGACCACACUGGCUCACGCCAUAGCUAAUGAGACCCGUGUUCCCUUCUAUCCGAUAUCAGCUACUGAGUUGGUUUCUGGAGUAUCGGGUGCAUCUGAAGAGAAUAUCCGAGAGCUUUUCGCCAAAGCAUAUCGGACUGCCCCAUCAAUCGUCUUCAUUAAUGAGAUUGAUUCAAUUGCUUCGAAAAGAGAUAAUUUACAGCAAAAGAUGGAGAAAAGAAUUGUUACACAGUUACUUGCUAGCAUGGAUCAAUCAAGUAGGUGUAUGCAAUCCGCUAAUGAUUCGGACAGUUCUAAUGUUCAUCCUAGCUAUGUUCUUGUAAUUGGAGCUACGAAUAGGCCUGAUGCUCUUGACUCGGCCUUGAGAAGGCCUGGGCAGUUUGAUCGGGAGUUUGUUCUUGACAUUCCUGAUGAAUCAUCGAGAGAACAUAUCCUCUCUUUGCUCACUAGCAAUCUUCCACUUCAGGGUUCAUUGGAUCUAAAAGACAUAGCCAGGUCUACACCAGGAUAUGUCGGUGCUGAUUUGGAAGCCUUGAUUACGGCGGCUUGUAAUUUGGCCAUAAAAACAUUUAUUCCCAAAAGGAUAGGUAGGUUUCAAGAUGCUGCUUCCACAGUUCCCAGGAUUGGGACUGAUGUAAGAUCCUAG